CUGUCGGUUUUAAGUGCUCAUGGAAUACCCCGGGCUUGCGUUUCGCACGGUGUGAAAAGAAUUCUUUGGUCACUUGUUUUGUUCAGCUGCAUCGUCGCUUUUUUAUUCCAAGCCAAGGAAAUUAUUGAAAGGUUUUUUCGCUACGAUGUUAUCGUUGGUGUUGAAGUUAAGUUUGAGAAGAUACAAUUUCCGGCUGUAACUGUUUGUAAUUUGAAUCCUUACAAACACAGUUUAGUACAGCGAUUUUCUAAAUUACCAAUAUAUUCUAAGGAGGCCGUAAGAUAA